AUGUCUAUGACACGGCCUCCUGUUACGCAGCUUCGGCCACUGCAUACUCACCAGAAAUCGACGGAGACAUCUCAGCCAAUCAGCUGGACCAGCUCUGUCCAGCCAAAACUUGAUGAAGAAAUCGCAAUCAAGGCAUUUGUGAAGCUUGUGUCUCAUCUUGUCGUUCUUGACGAAGAUGAGAACUUUUGUAUUCAAGAUACUAAGCGAGGUGGUUUCAUCUUGGCUCAGUAUUGGAGUUCCGAGAGAAAUGAGCUCGGUAGCUUCCGUUUCGUUAAACAUGACAAUCCUCAAGAUAUUCCGUCUGACUUCUCAAUUGGUGAAGGCAAGAUCCUUCAACUUCACUUUGAAGAACACAAAGUUCAGCUCAAGACGGAUGCCAGUAUCAUCCCCACUGCUGCUCUGAGAUCUCUCGGCUGCAUGCUAGACGACAUCAUUGUUAGGGUGCGCCAAGGGCAUAACGCAAGUCUUGAAUGGACUGAGCCGUCUGUCCUUAACUUUCCCCCACGAUCUGAGCCCCUCCCCCUCACUCAUGACAACGAGACUUUGACCGACGAUGGUGCGAAGAGUUCACUUCUCCAUCACCAGUUCGAGAGGCGCGCGUCUGAGACUCCUGAGAGAGUCGCUAUCGACUACCUGACGGACCUCGAAAAUGGACGCCGUGUGACCUUUACAUAUCGUCAGAUUGCAAACGCAGCAACGGCAUUGGCGGGCAAGAUCGCAAAGACCUGCGUGGAAUCGACACAGUCUCUCAAGACAGUCGCAGUGCACAUCGGCCCAUGCCCAGAACUCUACAUCUCAUAUCUGGCAGCUCUGAAGGCGGGGGUAGCCUUCUGUCCCAUUGCCGUGGACGCGCCUACGGAGAGAAAGCAGGCAUUCAUAGCAGACUUGAAGCCAUCUACAUUGCUUACAACAACCUCUUUACUAGAAUCAGAGCCGCCCUCUUUCGUCGAUUCCUCGACAGAGAUUGUCAACGUCACCCCUUUCCUGCAGGCUUGCGAUACUGAACCAGAGCAACAGCCGAAAUCAGCAUCAAUGAGCGCGGACGACUUGGCUUACAUUCUGUACACUUCAGGAACCACUGGACUGCCCAAAGGAGUGGCUGUCAGCCAUCUCUCGGCCUCAUGUACCAUCUCUGCUCUGAGUGCCCACUAUGGCUUUCCCCGACCAACUUCUACAUCCAAGCCUGUCAGGUGGUUCCAAGGUGCUGCACCUACCUUUGACAUCUCACUAUUUGAGAUAUUUUGGACUCUUAGCACUGGAUCAACGCUUUGCUGUGCGCCUCGAGAAUUCACUCUUCAAAAUAUUGACAAGGUUGUUACUACCUUGAAGGCUGACAUCACCAACAUCACGCCUAGCUUCGCUAGCUUGUUAGAGCCCUCUUCAAUCAGUGGACUAAUGGUUGGUGGUGAGACCUUGAAUGCUCGACUUCUCCAGAACUUUGCUCCCUACAAUCCGACCGCGAAAGAGGAACCUGGCCAAGUACCGAGAGGCAUUUACAACGGAUACGGGCCUACUGAGACGGCUAUCUACUGUAUUGCGCAAGCUCAUGUGCCUGAAGGCCAACGCGGAUCCGUCAUCGGAACACCGUUGGCAACCUGUGGUGUUCUUAUUGUCCAAAACCAGUCAAUUUCUCAAUCUGGUAGGGGCUUCAAGCCUCUACCUAUGGGUGCAGUGGGCGAACUUGUCAUCACUGGACCUCAAGUGAGCAAGGUGGGCUACCUGAACCGGCCAGACGAAACAGCUGCGUCAUUUCGAGAUGACCCUAGAUGGGGCCGUGUUUACAAGACUGGUGACAGAGCCAGAAUCGUCUGGGACAAGAGUGGCUCUCCCAUGGUCGAAUUCCUAGGCAGACUCUCUGAUGAUCAAGUCAAGCUCAGUGGGCGGCGUGUUGAGCUGGGUGAGAUUGAGAGUGUUCUGACCAGCAAGGUGCCUAGUAUCAAAGAGACUCUAUCCUGUGUCUGGAAGCAUGGUGCAGACGCAGGUUCAGAAAAGGUCGUGAGUCUAGUUGUCGUUGAUUCAAGUGAGAACUUUGAGGCUGUACACCGCCUAUGUUUAGAUGCGUCUCAGCACCAUCUUCCCGACUACAUGAGACCAUUCAAGAUCUUGCAAGUCGGUGGGCUUCCGAGAUCUGCUUCUGGCAAGGCAGAUCGUAAAGCAGCUUUGGCACUUGUCAACAAGAUGUUAAAGACCGAGCUUGUCGAUCAAGAGCCUUGCAACCGCGGUAUGGUUGAGAACAUUGAGGCUUUGUCAAACCCUCAGGAUGCAGAGCUUGAGCAUGAGCUCAUCUCAAUCGUGAGUAAUGUUCUCAAUGACUCACCUACUUCAGGUCCAUCCAUCACUGCAAAGACAGUCCUUGCCGAAGCGGGCAUCGACAGUCUUCGUGCAAUGAGGAUCUUGCGAGACAUCAGGAAGCGUUGGCCAGGACCCCAGGACCCUCGGCUUGAGCCGUCACUGGCACUUCUCCUCGACAACAGCGCCACCAUCCGUUCUGUAUUCUUCCCUAGCAGUCAAGGGACCGAUGCAUCAGCCACUAAAAUUGAUAGACAAGCCAGAACAAUUGCUCAACUUGAGUCCUUCUCCACGAAGCAUACAUCGGAGGUCCUGGACAAACUCAACCUCAACAAGCACGACAUUGAGAUGGUUCUACCAGCAACUAGCACCCAGAGCCAACUAGCAGUGAGCUUUGCCAUGGACAAGCGCAACUACAUCAGCCAUACCACACUGAGACUCAAGCCAGAUGUCUCCGCGACAGCUCUCAGGGACGCCAUUGAGACGACGAUGUCGAGACAAGCCAUCUAUCGGACGGCACUGCUCCCCUGUGACGAUGGCCUUUCCCCGUUCCUCCAAGUAGUUCUGACCUCAGACGCCUGGCAGAGAUUAAGCGGCAACUCUGGUCGGAUUACUCACAAGAAAACCAGUCCUGGCAGUAUCUCUGGCGACGCGCAAACCUGGCUGGACCUCGCCGAGGAGGAUCUCAGCCUUGAGUCGCACAGGCUGUAUCAUGUACAGAUCAUUGAUUCUGAGGAGGGUGGUAGUGGUGGUCUUUUGAUCAUCAGCGCUGCUCACUGCAUCUGCGACGGGCCUUCAUUUGAAGUGCUCAUGACAGACAUCACUCGUCAAUACUCUGGCCUUGAGCCACUUCCACGUCAAGGGAUUUACGACGCCGUUUUCGAAUGGGCAUUGAAUGUAAACCCAGAGACAGAUCAGUUGUGGCAGAAGGCUCUGGAAGGAUGGGAGACGGAGCCACUCGGAGCCAUCAGCGGUAACAACGUCAAGCCGACUUCAACCAAGACUCGUCAACAUGCCAUGGUACAACAUACCAGCUCACUCUCUUGGGAGCUUCUAGAGAGUAAGAGCAGGUCAUUGGGAGGCUCUCCCCUCACGGUACUCCAAGCCUCUUGGGCCAUGCUUCUACACAUCCUCUCUGAGGCAGACACCAAUGACGUGACUUUUGGCAGCGUUCUUUCAGGCCACGAUCAAUUUGUCCAUGGCCCAACAUUCUCUGUUGUGCCCUGUCGAGUUGCCUUACCUGAAGCGCAGACUCUCAAACAGGUCGUCGGCAGCUUGAUGGAACAUUCAAGAUUCGCUCAAAGUCACAGACAUACGUCCUUCGGCGUCUUCAAGACACUCCCAUACAACACAGCCCUAGCCUUGCAAGCUUAUCCUCAACCUGAGGGUGAUGGGGCAGACAAGGCGCCUUUGCUUUGGACUGAGAUCUCGAAUCCUGCUAUACGUUACGACUUUGCCAUGUUCGCAGAGGUCUUCCCUACAAACCCGAACUCGCCUGACAGGAAUGGCAGAUUCGAUGAUGUCGUCUUCAAGUUGACGUAUCGCGACGAGACAUUCUCAGAGACUUCUGCGACAUGCAUCGUCAAGCAGUUUGCAGCACUCACUGAGACUAUACUGAUGUCAAUGCCUGAUGACCUGGUACAGAGUCUGCCUGCGCGCAUUGACAGAAGCCUAUUGUCUGCUGAGGGAACGAUCCCUGUUGUGGAAGAUGGUUUGGAUGACACAGCCAACGAGAUUGGCGACAGAGCUCAACUUCUGCAUGCUCAGUUCGAGAAUCAAGCUGCAUCGACUCCCGAUCUCCUGGCACUGAGCUUCUACUCUUCACUCGAUUCCGCUCCUGUUGAGAUGAGUUACGCAGAGCUUGAUGCUAGAGCCAAUGGUCUGGCGAACAUCUUGCGCGAGCAAGACAUUGACAUCAUUCCAAUUUGCAUGGAACGCAGUGUUGAGCUCUACGUAUCUGUCUUGGCAAUUCUCAAGGCUGGAUCUGCAUGGUGUCCCAUUGACACAACGUCCCCAGUUCAACGUCGAACAUCUCUUAUUGCUCGAGCGCAGAGCAAGGUGCUGCUUACAACCACUGAGUCUUUGCCUCUCGUAGAGCCUUGCCUUGCUCAGGACGCACUGAAAGAUGUACAAGUCAUUCUGGUUGACAAGUAUAAUGGCCACAGUACAUGGGUUCGAGCCAAGCCACGCAACGGUAUCUCCAACAUCACUGGACAGGAUUUGGCAUAUCUUUUGUGGACUUCUGGAACGACGGGCGAGCCCAAGGGUGUCAUGGUCCAGCACAGCGCUGCAGCCCAAGCGAUGCGCGACCUGCAAGUUCUCGUUGAGCACGAUGAUAGUGAGCAGGUUCGCACCCUACAACUCUCCGCCUACAGCUUUGAUGUCUUCGUACAAGACCUGUUCUACACCUGGGGCCUCGCGGGAAGUGUCAUCAGUGGUACGCGAGAGCUGGUCUUGGGCACAUUCACCGAGUUCAUCUGGAAGUCUCGCCCAACUCAUGCUCAUCUGACACCUUCGUUUGGAGCCAGUAUUGCUGUCCAGGAACUCAAGGGUUCAACUCUCCAGUACGUCACGUUCAUCGGCGAAAAGCUGACAGAAGACGUCGCUGAGGCCUGGGCUCAUCCCGAUAUUACGACUCGUGCAUACAACACGUAUGGCCCUGCCGAGAACGCCGUCGUCUCUACGAUGCGACAGUUCUUUGGCAAGAGUCGAGACACGGCUAAAGCUGCCAAUGUUGGCUUUCCUCUCGACCAUUGCACCGCCUAUGCUGUUCGUGAGGUUGCGAGAUUACAAGGUACCAAACGUUGGGAGCUGGUUCCUCGGUACGGAGUCGGUGAACUUGCUCUGGGCGGUGCACAAGUCGGCAAAGGAUAUCUUGCAAACGAAGCCAAGACUACCAAGGCAUUCAUCCAGGGCGGUCCGGGCAUUGACGAGCGUAUCUAUCUCACUGGAGAUCUCGUGCGAUUGAAUGACCAUGGUUUUGAGUUUCUCGGUCGAAAUGACGAUCUCGUCAAGAUUACCGGUAUUCGUAUUGAGCUCAGUGAGAUCAGCGCAGCGUGUGCAAGUCUGAAGGACGACGACGCUGCAGUUGAGCAUGUCGAGACAUUGUAUCUUCAGCGUCCAGGCGCACCCGCUGGGAAUAACAACAAAGUGGUUGUCACCUUUGUCUCUGUCAAGACUGGCAACGUCGACACUUCCAAGAUCAGAUCUCAGGUGUUCAAGCGAGCCAAGGACCUCUUGCCUGCGUAUAUGGUGCCUGGACACGUUGUUGUUCUCGAUACGACCAUGCCGAGGACCGCCUCAAACAAGGUUGAUCGCAAGGCGUUGCAGGCUAUCUACGCGGAGUCGGAUCUCAACGUGUUGGCUGGGAGAGACGACUCGACACAAGCGCAAGGGCCGAGUCAUCAGGCCAAGCAGCAAUGGACGGCGCAUCAGCUACCCAUUCUCCAGGCAAUCGCAGGACACUUUAAUAUCACAACUGAAAACCUCUCUCCGGAUGACAGUUUGGCAGGUCUCGGCCUCAGCUCGUUACAAGUUACGAAGCUUGCUUGGUUGCUGAGGCGAGAGCUCAAGUGUCAAGUUGGAGUUCUGGACCUCAUGAGAUGUGAGUCUUUAGGAGAACUGGUCAAUAUCACGCUCAGCCGAAUGCCAAAAGAGGCUAAAGUAGACCAGUCCGCCCAAGCAGUCGAGACAGAAACGGCGUGGUUGGCGUCUAUCAAGAAGGCGCUUACUGAUAACAUCAAGGGCAACAUGCGUCCCUCUGAUACGCAGUACGUCCUACCCGCAACACCCAUGCAAGAGUCCCUCAUCGUCGAGACUAUGCUCGAGCCACAAGCCUACUGGGCCCAUCGUGUGUUUGAUCUCAGCCAUUUGGACGACAUCGAUGAUCGCCAGUUGAAGAGAGCUUGGACUGCCGCAGCCAAGCGCUUCGACAUUCUCCGAACUAUCUUUGUGCCCUUGACUCAACUCGAUGUAGAUGGCAGCGACAACACUGUUUCAUGGGCUCGCAAGAAGGGUGUUCACUCAACGAUCCUCCAGGUGAUUCGCGAGAAACCAAGCUUGCACUGGUCUCAGGUCCGCUCUGAGGAGGUUCAGAGUCUCAGUAAACUGGCCAAGAAGUUGCAGCUGGAGCUGUCUCCAACGACUACCAUAGAGACGCCGUGGGCUGUCACUUUUGUCGAAGACACCAAGAAGAUGAUGCUCAGUAUGCAUCACGCUCUCUACGACGCCGUAGCUUCCGAUGUCUUCCUGGAAACUGUCACGAGCCUGUAUCAUAUGGAGUCGGUUGGGGAGAGGGAUGAAGCAGCUGCGCUAUGGAGUCGCCGACUGGAUGAGAUAAGUAAAACGGCCAGUGGGGGCACUUUGAACGCACCUUUCCCUGACCUCACCCAAUCUCGACAGAAACAGGUCCAGAAGAUUCUCAUGUCAAGGAAAGUUAUCCCUUCUCCAUUUGUUCAAUCUACUUUUACAGUUGCACUUCCAACACUACUCCAAUCCGCCUUUGGUUGUGUUCUCGCCUCAUACCUCGAACUCGACGCCGUUGUGCUUGGCCACACCAUCUCGCAGAGAGUCCUCCACCCGGAUCUCGCACGACUUGUCGGUCCCGCUAUAGCUACAUUGCCUCUCAUUGUUCGCUCUAAUGCUGCGUCGUCCGAGGAACUCUGGAAGGAGAUGGCCUUCGAGUCAGCGCAGAUGUUCCAGAGCACACACAACCUUCACCCAGUUGAUGUCAAAAGGAUGCUCAAUCGAGGAAGUGGUAGCAGCAACGCUCCAUUCCCUGGUCUUUUCGUGUACCAUCCCGCCUCAGAUGACAACCAAGCCGAAGCUAGUCAGUCCAUGUUCAAGGAGGUGGGACAGGCAUUGUCGCUCAACGUUGAGCAUCCACUUGCGUUGAACAUCUUCGAGGCGAAUCGAGCGAUCGAGCUCACUGGAGAUGGACGUCGUAUUUCUCAGGCUCAGUUGGACCUCUUGUUGGACCAGAUCCUUGCCCAAGCACAGGUUAUGGCCGAGGCCCCGAGCGCUCCUUUGACUCAGCUCCAGAACGGAAUGAGCAAGAGUCUUCUGUCUAUCAGUGGUAAAACUUUCAGCGAAGAGACUGAAGCUGUCAAUCCUACUAAAUACGUUUCCUUUCGCGCAUCAGAGCAUCCAGACUGGAUCGCCGUUGAGGAAGUCAUGUUUGAAUCCUCAGAUGACGAUGAGGAGAUUGCUUCCAAGACCAUUACCUAUGCCCAGCUCGACAAGCUCACCAACGCCAUCGCUACGAGAUUAAUCCAGCAUGAGGCUCGUCUACAGCCUGAUGACCCUGUAGCUAUGUGCCUUGGUAGAGAUAUCAAGUCCCUGGCAGUCACUCUCGCCAUUUUCCGUGCUGGAUUUGUGUAUCUUCCUGUUGAUGAAGAUCUUCCACCGGCUCGCAAACAGCUCCUCAUUAGAGAUGCGGGUGCCAAGCUUGUGAUUACAACCGACGAGCUUGUCGGUGACUUGGGACUAGACAGUGCAAAUGACCCACCGCUGUUGCUACUCCCCGACACGAAUGCUGACAUGGACACCAUUUUGUCUUGGCCUGUUUCUGAGAUCCCUUCAGCGACCGGCAUUGGCGGUUAUCUCCUCUACACCUCUGGCUCGACUGGCCGCCCCAAGGGUGUACGAGUUUCCAACGGUAACCUCUGCCACUUCAUCUCUGCAUUCAGCAACCGGUUAAUUGAACACUCGCCUGCAACUGCGAGACUUGGUGGUGUUGGGAAGUACCUCAACCUUACUUCCCGCGCCUUCGAUCCUCACCUGACACAGCUUUUCGUGCCCUGGCAUCUUGGACAUCGGGUUGUUAUCGGAAGAGACCGCACGGCCAUGAUGGCGAACUUGAAGGAGCUGAUCAAUGAGCUGAAUGUUACGCACUUCGGAUCUGUUCCCUCGGUUCUCAGCCAAUUAAGGCUACGACCUGAAGAUGUUCCAUCAGUGAGGGUAGUGACUACUGGUGGAGAGAAGGCCUCAAACGAGCUUUUGAACAUGUGGGCCAAGACGCAAGACUCAGACACGGCAGACGAUCGAGCCGUUCUCUUCAACUUCUACGGUCCUACAGAAGUCACUAUCGGAUGUUUAGGACAUGCUGUACAUCAAGAUUCCAACGCCCGCAACCUUGGACUCCCACUAAAAGGUCUCGAGGCUCUACUUCUAUGUCCCAUCAGCGAUGGAGACAGUCUUGUCAUUGCUAGGAGAAGCCAGCCAGGUGAGCUCUGCAUCGCUGGUCCUCAGGUAGCAAUGGGCUAUCUCAACCGCCCCGUCGAUCAAGCCAAGAGCUUCCAGACUAUUACUCUUCCCGGCGGCAGCAGCAAGAGAGUCUAUCGAACUGGAGACAUGAUGAGGAUGAUGCACGACGGAUCACUUGAGUUCCUUGGUAGAGCUGAUCAGCAAACCAAGAUUCGCGGACAGCGGCUUGAGCUGGAUGAGGUCGUUGCCUUCCUGAAGCAAGUUGCAAGUGACAAGGGCGACUUUGACUUUGCAGCUACGGUUGCUUCCACUGGGGAAGAUAUUUCGAAUCAACAACAACAGCUGCUAGGUUUCAUCGCUAGGAAGGCCAGUAAUCUCAAGGGCCAGGCUGAACAGGAGGUCGAGCUACUUGAUGUCCAAGGCGAGGAGUCAACUUUACUACUAGGCAUGAUCGAGCAAGAAUGCCAAGACAAACUCCCUGCUUUCAUGGUACCAACACUGGUCUGGGUUUCCAAGAUCCCAUACCUCGCCGCCUCUGGCAAGGUCGACACCAAGAUCCUGGCACGUUUGGCAAAGGAUUUCAUAGCCACUCGGCAAGAUCAGGACAGAGAUGGAGGCAACUCGGGCGAUUUGCUUCGAUCUGGGGCAAACUUGAGUGCGAAGGAGUCGAUGGUGGUUGCGGCUAUUGAAGAAGCCGUCGGUGGCAGUGUUGAGGCAUGGAGUACCAGCAGCAUUCAGCGCCUUGGUAUCGACAGUCUUUCGGCAGUGAACUUGGUCUCUCUUCUGAGGAAACGUGGCUUUUCUCAAUUGAAGAUGACGCAUCUCCUGUCUUCGUCGUGUACAGUUGCAGAUAUUGCAAGACUUGCUGAUGAACAAGAGAGCGGUAGCCCGUCGAACAGCACGCCUCUGUCGACACCUCCAUCCAUAGACGAUCUACACAUCCCGACUCUCAACGUGUCAGACCUUGGUCCUCUUCCAGAGGGGCUUGAUUCCUCCAAUAUCGAAGCUGUCCUUCCUUGUCUCCCUCUCCAGUCUGCUCUCAUCGCGUGUUCUCUUGUUUGGCUCAGUGCCUUCAACCUAAGAGAGAACACCGAGGCAUAUGAUGUUCCAUAUGUCGCACGGUUCAGCUACCGUCUCAGUCGUGGUACAGACAUCAACAGAUGGAAGAAGACAGCAGAAGAAGUCAUCGCCUCGGAAGCGAUGCUCCGAACUUGCUUCAUUCAGCGUGAAGAUGACGGCCAAAUCUUCCAGGUCGUUCUUCGGUCACUGCCAUCCUCUCCUUUGAAUGCUCAUGAGCACCCAGCAGAUAUUGUGUCACAGAUGAAUGGACGACCUCCAAUCCGACUACAGCUUUCCGGCGAUGAUGGAGACGAGACCAUCGUGUCACUCAGCAUCCACCACGCAUUAUUCGACGGUGUUGCUAUCGACUCCCUCAAGAACAAACUUGAAGCGGCAUACAACAGCCAGACGUCUUCAAUUGCUGCGGUUAAUAGCUUAGCCACCUUAUCCACGAUCUCGAAUCACUGUAACUUAUCGAAUGAGCAACUCGAUGCUACAAGACGGUCGUGGCAACAACAACUACAGGGCGUUCAACCAUGUCGCGUUGGAGCCAUUGAUGACAACAGUACGAGUGGUGUCAUGGCUCGCCAGACUAUUUGUCUUGGGUACACGACUUCUGAGCUCAACGCUAGACUCAAAUCUCACUCCCUGGGGCCUGAAGGAACGAUAUCGGCAUCUUCCGCAUUCCAACUGGCUGUCACUAUGUGCCUCGCCCAACUCACCAAGCAGCCAUCCGUUGUCUAUGGCUUUAUCAUGUCACUUCGGCCAUUACUAGAUGGCGUUGCCAACGAUGUUGACAGCUUUGUUGGUCCAUGCCUGAACACCCUCAUUCGAGCCGCCACCAUCAAUAGCCUCGACGAGACCCUACCCCAACUGGCUCAACGAGUCCACGAUUCUCACCUUGAUGUCUGCCAAGGUUCCAUGCCACUCGUCAGCGUCGACAAGGUCCAGCGCUGGUCUGGAUCGGAGGACAAGCUGUUCGACAGUCUCUUGAGCAUCAACAUCGUGCCUGUCAACGAACUCAGUGACGCCAAACCAGGACAGAUGACCGCUUUGCCUACUCGUAGUAGUAGCGAUAUGGCUUUGGCGUUUGACGUGGAUCUUCACGCUGAUGGAAAGAUCAAUUUGACACUUUCUUCUGCUGGAGCAUUGAACGUAGAGCAGCUCAAGGAUAUUGGCCGACUGUUUGAGAAGGUUGUGUACAGCUGCGCUGACAAGACCGUCAAAGUGUCGGAUAUUGUUACUUCACCUCUCACUACAAAGGCCCUCUCGACCAAGGUCCUCGAUGGCCCCCGAGGCAACGAGACCUCGAUAGAUGCUCCAGUUUAUAAUCAGGCACUCUCUGACGUACAAGCUACCCUCAGUCGCUUCGUUCAUAUCAAUCCAUCUGAACUGUCAUCCAAGCCCGACUCGACGUCGCUGUACCAGCUCGGUCUUGACUCCAUCACCGUUCUCCCAUUUGUCAAGUCAAUCAACAAGUCGCACAAGACUAAGCUGUCUUCUCACGCUGUGAUCAAGGCACGAACUAUCAAGGGCGUUGCGCAGCUUCUUCAAGAUGCCAAGUCGAAGUCUGCUUCAGUUGACACCGUCAAUUCGCAAUCUAACGGUGAGCAUACCGGCAGCAAGUUGAGUGACACCGAGCUCUAUGACAGAAACCUUGAGCGUCUAGCCAAGAGUCUCAUGUUCAUCGCAACGCCACUCCAAGAAGGCAUGCUCAGCGCAUCUCUAGCCACUGACGGCGAUGCAUACACGUAUGUUCAUGCCAUUCAGCUUUCUGGCUAUGCUCUUGCACACGAUACACCCACUCUUGAUAAGUUUUUCGCUGCCGUGAAAGACACUGUUCAAGCGUGUGAAAUUCUCAGAACCCGGUUCAUCUUCACUGAUGAUGAUGAGUCACCGUGGGUCGGUAUCGUUUCCCCCACUGAGCAAAGCGAUCGGGUCAGCUGGGAGAUUCAGCCAACGAUGCCUGGUCGAGUGCAUUUGCGGAUCCAUCAUGCUCUCUAUGAUGCAACAUCUAUCCAGUCUGUUUGGAGUAUUCUCCAAGAAUACUACCGUCGGCGCCUCAACAAUGACCUCUCUGAUGGCGUCGACGAGCCCAAGCAUCUGUACAGACCGUUUGCAAGGACUGUCGCCUGUUCUCAGCGGGCUUCCAUUGCCUACUGGGCAGAUGCUGUUCGGGAUUACACGUAUACUCCCCUUGAAUUCCUCACUGAUGAUCUCAAGGCAUCAUCUGCUGUCCAUUUCAGCUUUGACACGAGUGAAUUGUCGCUCCUCCAGUCGAAAUGCCAGGAUCUCGGCGUGACCAUCAAAGCAGCACUUCAGUUGUCAUGGAUUAAGGUCCUGUGCGAGUCGCUCUACAGAAAAGCUGACGUCGUGUAUGGAGAAGUUGUUUCAACGGAUGCCGAUGAUGAUGUUGCCAUCGUUGGCCCCGCUAUCAAUACACUGCCCAUGAGAGCGAAGUUGGGUAGCCCUAGCAGUUGCGUCAACAUCUCAGAAGCCUUGAUCCUUAGAUCAGGACAUAAGGGAGGAGAUGCACCAGCAGCCCUCUUCCAGAGUCUCUUCGUGUUUGACGGAGUUCUUGGCUCUUCAAACACGAGCGAUGACUCAGAGAAGCUAUUCAAGUCCGUGCAGGCUGGAACUGCUGAUGCGACUGGACCGGCCUAUGAUGAUUACCCUCUAAUCGUGAGCUUCCAUAUUAGGGACAACAUCCUCAAUGGCAAGCUAAGGGCCAAGUUACCCCAAGAGCAGGUUGGCUCAUUAGGUCAGAGCCUGGAAGCAGCCUUGAACCACGUUCUUCAUGGACUCGAUGUACCUGGAGUUGACACUAAAUAUCUUGAACCAGUUAACAACACGCCACCUCAUGAGUCCAAGAUCGAUGCGACGGAACCCGAUAUGAAUGGCUCGACCCCAGCAGCUGAUGCAGUAUUGAAGCUUGUGGAGACAGUUGUGGGAACAAGACGAGGUGGAAAGAAGAUCGGUUACAGCACGAGACUUAUUAACGUUGGUCUGGACUCAAUUUUGGCCAUUCGGCUAUCGAAGCUUUUGAGGCAGCAACUUGGACUCAGCGUCAGCGUUUUUGACAUCAUGAAGGGUGCUAGCGUUCGCGACAUCAUCAAGCGCCCAACGUCUUCGCGCAAACCAACAGCAAAUGGCACCCAGCAUCAAUCGGAGCCACUUCGACAAGGUUUGAAGUCGGCAAUAGCCAAGACCCUAGGACAGCCAGACCGUUUGAUCAAGGCUAUCAUUCCGGUAUUGCCUGGUCAGCGUUCACAUCUCGAGCUUUGGCUGCAUAACGGCAAGAGAUUCUUCGAAGCGCCAUGGGUUUACAGACUGCCCGAGACUUUCGAACAGGAACAACUCGUGGCCUGCUGGUCUGACCUUGUCAAAGCACACGAUGUCCUUCGAACCACCUUUGCAACGGGAUCAACCCCUGCCGAACUGUACCAAGUCACCCUAUCAGAAGAGUGGUCAGGCCGAUCACGCUUCAAAGCCCUUCAAAACUCGUCGAAGACUGUUGCGGAGUUGAUCGCGGAGCAUGUGAGCCAAGAAAGCAACAAGGCAUCUGAUAUGAAGGAACCUCCCGUCCGCCUCUCCUUCUUGGAAGCUUCAGACGGCAAGGCGGUUGUCUUGAGACUCCAUCAUGCUCUUUACGACGCGUGGAGUAUCAAGAUGAUUGAACAGGACCUCAACGAUCUUCUCACAGCGGGCAAGAUCCAAGAAACUCGUCGGUCACUGGAGCAAACAGUUCAGAGCAUCAGAGCAAUCAGACAGCCAGAAGCCGAGGAAGCAUACUGGACGCGUCAUCUUUCCGGUGCUCAAGAAACAGUAUUGGGCCACAACGCUGAACGUACUGUUGUUUCAGCGCACGGCCCUCAGUUCAAGACGAGCUCCAACAUCUUCCCUCAGAAUAACGUCAAGUCGCUGUUGCAGAAGAGUAGCUCGGAGGUCUCUGCAGCUCUCAUCCUCUCCUACGCAAGGACGCUACAGCACUUCACCCACCGAGCAAAUCCUACUUUUGGUCUCAACCAUGCUUCUCGAUCUCUUUCGUCACCUGAUGGGACGCAAACCCUCGACCUGACUGCUGCGAGUAUCCCGACUCUUUCUGUGACGCCAUUCUCUAUUAAAUUGGAGUCGUCGACUGAGGAUCUACUCGGCUUCAUCCAGGACCAUCUCGCGCAACUCAAUUGCUUCAGCCAAGCAGAUGGUGUUCGAGAGCUGGGGCCCAAUUUCAAUUCGCACUUGAACAUUAUCUACCGACGAGACCUUGUAGCAUCUCAGAACGGGAGCUCUACGGAUAAGCCAAAGGCCUUAGAGAGGUACAGGCUCCCUGAGCCACUCGCGUCCAACUACUUCACCACUACGGAGCCGUCAUCUAUAGUCUCUACCAUUGAGGGGCUUGAUGUCGCUCAUUUGCCUGCUCAGCAUUUCUUUUUCAACGUUAUUGUUAACGAAAGUGGCGAUAUUACAGUGUCUGCAACUGGCGAUAAAGCAUUGUUUGACGCAUGCAGCGUUGAGGCUGCUUAUUUGGUAGAUCAUUUUCUUGCUGAGCUUUCCACAGUCCAAGCGCGCGAGGGUUGA